AUGAUUCAAUAUAUUACUAAAAUAUUGAUAUACAGUAUUGUAAUAUAUGUUUAUCUAAAUUAUAACAAAAAAUUCUCUUCCAUAUGCCUCUCCAGGAAAAAUAAAAAUGAUAUCACAGAAUUUCUAGCAUAUUCUCGAAUUUUGUCUAAUCUCAAUAAUGAAAAUUUGUUAUCUCAUCAAAAUAAUUAUGCUAAAAUAAAGAAUUAUAAUAAAAUAAUUAAGAAAAAUAACCAUAAUGGGAAAAAUACUGUUCAAAAAAUUGGAAAAACGGUAAAUGAUGGUUAUAAUAAAUAUAUAAAAGAGAAAAUGGCAAAAGAGGGGAUGGUAAAAUGUAUGCAUGUACAACCCGACCUCGUAAAGCCAAAUAUAAAUGAUGCUUUUGAAAUGAAAUUACAUGAGUACCAAGAUAAAAAAUAUGUAUUAAAAGAAUCUAAAAUUAGCACAAGACAUAAAAACAGUAAACCGGAAAUGUAUUCACUAAAAAAACAAUCUCAAGUUACACUAAGUAAUAAAUAUACAAAAGAUAAUACGCUUGUGGUAUGUAAUGAUUAUAACUUAACCAAAUUAAUUUCACAACAUUUAUUAAAUGGAAAAAACAAUGUGUUAAAAAAUGAAGUCAUCGAAGAAAUUAAGUCAUAUAUUCUAAAAUAUAAAAAAAAUUUUAAUGAGUAUACGGAUUUAGAAAAAUUAGGCAUCUUAAAAGUGAUAUUAAAUAAUAGCCAAUAUAAUAAUAUUACUCCAGAUGAGAUUAAUAUAAUGUUAUAUUAUGCAUUAUUUGAGCGCCCCAUAGUUCAUAGAAACAUUCCAUAUUACCAUGAUAUGAUUUCAAAAAACAGAAAUAAAUUAAAUCAAACUAAUAUAAGAAAAGAAACGACGUCGAAACAAAAUAUAGUACGAAAAAACAAAACACUACUACAACCAAAUCCGAAAAGGCAAAAAUUGCCACAUAACAUUGCGGUGGAUACAAAUAAUUUAACGAAUAAAAUUUGGAGGGACAGACAAAAUUUACCAUAUAAUAUUUUGGUGAAUAAAAAUAAUUUUAUGAAUACAAAUUUGGUGGAAAAAAAAAAUUCGACACAAAAACAUGUAGUGGGAAAAAAGAAGAUCGAUGGUAAUAGUUAUACUACAAUAAAAAACCAUUUAGAGAACAAAAACGAGUUGUUUUCAAACUAUGAUUUGAUAAAAAAACAAAAUAUUAUAAAAAUAAAAGAUGGAUCGAAUAAAGUGCAUAAUCCUAUAGAAAAGCAUACGAACAAGGAAAAUCAAAUAACAAAUGAAUAUAAGCAUUCCAUAAGUACAGGUAGUAAACAAUGUGAAUUAAAAGUGGUGAAUGAAGUAAGAUACUUAUUUGGUAAUAUAAAAAAUGAUUCAUCAACAAAACAAAAAAGGAUGACCGAAAUAUAUAUGGAAAAUAAAAAGGAAGAACAACAACAAUCAAAAAAAAAGGAAAAGGUUAUCGAAAUAUAUAUGGAAAAUAAAAAGGAAGAACAACAACAAUCAAAAAAAAAGGAAAAGGUUAUCGAAAUAUAUAUGGAAAAUAAAAAGGAAGAACAACAACAAUCAAAAAAAAAGGAAAAGGUUAUCGAAAUAUAUAUGGAAAAUAAAAAGGAAGAACAACAACAAUCAAAAAAAAAGGAAAAGGUUAUCGAAAUAUAUAUGGAAAAUAAAAAGGAAGAACAACAACAAUCAAAAAAAAAGGAAAAGGUUAUCGAAAUAUAUAUGGAAAAUAAAAACAAUAAGUUAGAGAAUAAAAUUGAGUUUACAAAAAUAAGCGAUACAAAUAUAAAAUAUGAUUUAUCAAAUAAAGGGGAUCUUGAAAAUCCAAAUAAUAUAAAACUGGAAAUGAACACAUCAAAUGAUAUAGAAAAUGAUGAUGAACUGCUAGAACGAACAAAACAGCGUUUAACCCAAUUAUACAUUAAUGAUAAAAAAGACAUAAUUAGGCCACAACGUGAAAGUGUAAAAGUUUUAGAGUUAUCCCCGAUAAAUAAAAAAAAGAAAAGUAAUAAUAAAAAUUUGGAUGGAAACGAUUUUAUAGAUUUAUUUGAUAAUUAUGAUGAGCAAAGCUUAUUAACAGAAGUAGAAGAUGAUAAAAAAAUAGAUGUAUCUAUUAUGGACGAAAUAUAUGCAGAAACUGAACGACAAUUAUUUGAACAAAUAAUUGGAGCAAAAAUGAUGAAAGGAAAAUAUUAUAAAGUAAAAAAAUAUUUAAAAAUAUUUGGUUUGUAUGUACUACCCAUAAUACUAGCAAUUGCUUCGAUUUCAUUCUUGGGACUACACAUAUCGAGUGUUAUGGCAUCUGAUAUUUUCAAUGAUUCUGUUAUAGAAGCGGGAAAAACAGCAAUAGUUGAAGGAGCACAAUGUUUAUCAAAUGCUGCCACUGACACUAUGCAAGGAAUUGCAACUGAUGUAUUACCGGAUAUAUCAUUAAGUGAAUUUAGCUUUGAUAGCUUAAUUGGCUCUUUUUUUGGUGCGAUUAAAAACACUGCAAUAGUUGGUAUAAAUACUGCAAGUAAUACUAUAUCCUGUAUAUCUGAUAGUGUGAUACCUAAAGCUAUUGGUGCUGCUAAAGUAUAUGGAAUUUCAGUUGCAGUUUCUCAAGUAAUGUAUCCAGUUGGAAUCGCAAUAAACAUUGCAAUUAUUAUAUAUAUAAUCACAAAGAUAAUAGUGAAAUUAAACGAUAUGGGUAAGUUUAACAAAUUCCACAAAUAUAGAAAGAAGGUUGUAAAUAAAUUAAAAAGAAAAAUUAAUACAAAGAAAAAGGGAAAAAAAAACCAAUAA